GGUCGCUCAGAGGUUAACUGAAAUGGAGAAACUUUGUGUGGAAGAGAAGGCUGGUGUUAGCGACACGGUGGCAUCACUGGAAGAGAACCAAAUCUGCACGACCCCGGGUGAGAAGAGAUUCAGAAAUUCCUCAACACAGAAACUUCAUCAGCACAACCACACUGGUGAAAAGCCUUACAGCUGCGGUCAGUGUGAGAAGACGUUCAAAGAUUCCUCAUCGCUGAAAAGUCAUCAGCUAAUCCACAGUGGUGAAAAGCCUUAUAGCUGCGGUCAGUGUGAGAAGAGGUUCAAAGAUUACUCUGGCCUAAAGCGUCAUCAGCUAAUCCACAGCAGUGAAAAGCCUUAUACCUGCGGUCAGUGUGAGAAGAGGUUCAAAGAUUACUCCGGCCUAAAGCGUCAUCAGCUAAUCCACAGCGGUGAAAAGCCUUAUACCUGCGGUCAGUGUGAGAAGAGGUUCAAAGAUUCCUCUGGCCUAAAGCGUCAUCAGUUAAUCCACAGCUGUGAAAAGCCUUAUAGCUGCGGUCAGUGUGAGAAGAGGUUCAAAGAUUACUCUGGCCUAAAGCGUCAUCAGCUAAUCCACAGCAGUGAAAAGCCUUAUAGCUGUGGUCAGUGUGAGAAGAGGUUCAAAGAUUACUCCGGCCUAAAGCGUCAUCAGCUAAUCCACAGCGGUGAAAAGCCUUAUACCUGCGGUCAGUGUGAGAAGAGGUUCAAAGAUUCCUCCGGCCUAAAGCGUCAUCAGCUAAUCCACAGCGGUGAAAAGCCUUAUAGCUGCAGUCAGUGUGAAAAGAGGUUCAAAGAUUCCUCUGGCCUAAAGCGUCAUCAGCUAAUUCACAGCAGUGAAAAGCCUUAUAGCUGCGGUCAGUGUGAGAAGAGGUUCAAAGGUUCCUAUGGCCUAAAGAGUCAUCAGCGAAUCCACACUGGUGAAAAGCCUUACAGCUGCGGUCAGUGUGAGAAGCGGUUCAAAGGUUCCUCUGGCCUAAAGAGUCAUCAGCGAAUCCACACUGGUGAAAAGCCUUAUAGCUGCGGUCAGUGUGAGAAGAGGUUCAAAGAUUCCUCUGGCCUAAAGAGUCAUCAGCAAAACCACACUGGUGAAAAGCCUUAUAGCUGCGGUCAGUGUGAGAAGAGGUUCAAGGAUUCCUCUGGCCUAAAGAGUCAUCAGCAAAUCCACACUGGUGAAAAGCCUUACAGCUGCGGUCAGUGUGAGAAGACGUUCAAAGAUUCCUCAUCGCUGAAAAGUCAUCAGCUAAUCCACAGCGGUGAAAAGCCUUAUAGCUGCGGUCAGUGUGAGAAGAGGUUCAAAGGUUCCCCUGGCCUAAAGAGUCAUCAGCGAAUCCACAGUGGUGAAAAGCCUUAUAGCUGCGGUCAGUGUGAGAAGAGGUUCAAAGAUUCUUCUGGCCUAAAGAGUCAUCAGCAAAACCACAGUGGUGAAAAGCCUUAUAGCUGCGGUCAGUGUGAGAAGAGGUUCAAAGAUUCCCCUGGCCUAAAGAGUCAUCAGCGAAUCCACAAUGGUGAAAAGCCUUAUAGCUGCAGUCAGUGUGAGAAGAGGUUCAAAGAUUCCUAUGGCCUGAAGAGUCAUCAGCGAAUCCACGCUAGUGAAAAGCCUUAUGGCUGUGGUCAGUGUGAGAAGAGGUUCAAACAUUCCUCUGUCCUAAAGAGUCAUCAGCGAAUCCACAGUGGAGAAAAAGCCUGAUCCACAUAAAAAACAGAAACAUCUGGAACUGUGAGGAAACUUCUUUCUCUC